AUGCAAUCAUCCAUAGGUACGCCCGAAGCAUUGAAACUACAGAUAAUGAAUGACCCGCACAGUCCGGCACAGUUCAGAGUCAUCGGAACCCUUUCCAACUCCUAUGAAUUCGCUCAACAAUUCAAAUGUAAACCAAAUUCUCGUAUGAAUCCGGAUGCGGACAAGAAAUGUGUCGUUUGGUGAACACAUUGUACUUAAACUUAUUUCAUCCAGUUUACUUAUAAGAGUCCAUCUCUUAUUUCAAUAUUUGAUUCAUUCAUUUAUUACUACAUCGUGUCG